AUGAAACAUUACGACUUCCAUCCUGUUCCAUUCGAAGUUGAAAAUAAAUAUAUUGGAUAUUACGAACAUCUUCCAUCUUCAACAACCGUCAAAGAAGAGAAGAAGCCUGGAGCUUUAGAAAAGCUAUCAAAAUUCUUCAAAGGAAGUAAGACAGUAGGAGACUUCCCUGUUGAUUCAGAGCCUUAUUCUGGCCCCAUCGCUUUGACUAACACCGUUCACGAUUUAACAACGGAACCAAUCCAUUCGAUGGUCAGUAUCUACUCUUCAGGACGUUCUGAUGAAGAACAAGCAAAAAAACAUUCGGAAUUUCCAGUUAAUGAAGCUCCCUUUGUUGAUUUUGUCCCAGAGUCAAAACUUCAGUCUGAGAUGGUACAUAUGCCUCUGGAUUUGGAAAAGAAGCAUGUUGGCUAUUAUGAACAUUUGCCUAUAACAACAGAAUAUCCAAAAAUGGAACAACCAUUUAUUGGUCACAUUCAUGAGAAGAAGCUUCAGCCUGAAUUGGGUGCAUUGCCUCUUGAUAUAGAGAAGAAGCAUGAAGGCUAUUAUGAACAUUUACCCGUAGCAACGAAAGAGGAGGAGAUGAAGAAGCCUGGAUUGUUCGAUAAAAUAACCCACCUUUUCAAAGAGGAAGUGACGAAUAGCGAUUAUCCUCAAGUCACUGCCCCAUUCUCUGGACAUGUAUUCAAAAUUAAUCGUCCUACUGAAUUGCGGAAAUUGCAGAUAGAACAACAUGUUAAUGUUUACUCUUCCGGACGUUCGGAUGAACAUUCAACAACGAAACUAAUGGAAUAUCCAAUGGAUAAAGCCCCUUUCAAUGGCACUAUAUUUGAUACAAACAAGCAUUCCGAGUUGAAUAUUUUACCUCUGGAAGUUGAAAAGAGGCACAUUGGUUAUUAUGAACAUUUACCUCCAUUAAAAUCUGAAGAGGAGAAGGAACAAAAGCCUGGGGCAUUAGAGAAGAUUACUCAGUUAUUCAGAGGCAGCAAAGCUACUGAUGAGUUUCCUUUCGACUCGGAGCCGUAUACUGGGAAAUUGACCAGUACUGGCAUAGUUCAUGAGUUAGCAACAGAACCAAUCCAUUCAAUUGUCAGUAUAUACUCUUCAGGAGAUUCUGAUGAGGUUCCAACAAUAAAAAUGCCAGAAUUUCCUAUUAAUGAAGCUCCAUUUGUUGGGUAUGUCCCAGAAUCAAGACUUCAUUCUGGAAUGGAACAUAUACCUCUGGAUUUGGAAGGGAAGCAUGUUGGGUAUUACGAACAUUUGCCUCCAACAUCAACAAAAACAACUGAAUAUCCAAAAAUUGAACAACCAUUUAUUGGCCACAUUCAUUCUUGCCAACUAAAUGAAGUUGAAAGUGUGCCAAUGGAAGUUGAAAAUAAUUAUAUUGGUUAUUACGAAAAUCUUCCAUCUUCAACAAGUGUCAAAGAAAAGAAGCCUGGAGCUUUAGAAAAGCUAACUAAACUCUUCAAAGGAAGUAAAACGGAAGGAGAGUUCCCUGUUCAUUCUGAGCCCUAUCUUGGCCCUAUCACAUUGACCAAUGCCAUUACUGAUAUAACAACAGAACCAAUUCAUUCUUUUGUCAGCAUUUAUUCUUCUGGACGUUCUGAUGAAGUUCCAACAACUAAAUUAACAGAAUUUCCCGUUGAUGAAUCUCCUUUCAUCGGCAAUGUUUCUGAAUCGAAUAGACGCUUGGAACUUAUUCCAAUACCUUUGGAGAUUGAACAACUACAAGUUGGAUAUUACGAUCAUUUGCCUUCAACAAUUACAGAUGAAGAAAAAAAGCCUGGAGCAUUAGAAAAAUUAACACAUCUCUUCAAGAGAUCCAAAACACAUGUAGAUUACCCAGUUGAUACUGAGCCUUAUACUGGACAUUUAGCGUCAUUAAAUAUAAUUUCUGAAGUAAGAGAAGAACCAAUUCAUUCUUUUGUUAGCGUUUACUCUUCCGGACGAUCUGAUGAGGAACAAACAAAAAAGCAUUCAGAAUUUCCCAUUAAUGAAGCUCCAUUUGUUGAUUAUGUCCCAGAAUCAAAACUUCAUUCUGGAAUUGAACAUAAACCACUGGAUUUCGAAAAGAAGCAUGUUGGUUAUUACGAACAGCUGCCCUCACCAUCAGCAAAACCAUCUGAAUGUCCAAAAAUUGAAGAAUCAUUUAUUGGUCAUGUUCAUGAGGAUAAAUUUCAGUCUGAAUUUGAUACACUACCUCUCGUUGUGGAGAAAAAGCACAUCGGCUAUUAUGAACAUUUGCCUACGACAAAAACAUCAGAAUAUCUAAAACAUGAAGAAUCGUUUAUUGGCCACAUAUAUUCUUUACAACAAAAUGAAGUUGAAAGUGUGCCAUUAGAAGUUGAACAUAAACAUAUGGGAUAUUACGAACAAUUACCUUCAACUAAGGAUGAAGAGAAGAAGCCUGGAGCUUUAGAAAAAUUAACUAGCCUAUUCAAAGGAAGUAAAACAGAAGGAGAAUUCCCUUUUGAUUCUGAGCCCUAUCUUGGCCCUAUCACAUUAACCAAUGCCAUUACUGAUAUAACAAUAGAACCAAUUCAUUCCUUAGUUAGUGUCUACUCUUCUGGAAGGUCUGAUGAAAUUCCACCAACAGAAUAUCCCAAAAUGGAAGCUCCAUUUAUUGGCCUUAUCCACAAUUCCAUCCCUCAAUUAGAAUUAAAUCAAACACCUUUAGACAUUGAAACAAAGCACAUUGGCUUCUACGAACAACUACAGCAAUCUUCACAUGAUGAAGAGAAGAAGCCUGGAAUCCUGGAAAAAAUGACAAAGCUCUUGAAAGGAAGCAAAAAUGAAGGAGAAUUUCCGUUUGAUUCUGAACCUUAUUCUGGCCCUAUUUCAAAUACCAACACAAUUUCUGAACUCUCAGAAGAGCCAAUUCAUUCUUUAGUUAAUAUUUACUCUUCCGGGCAUUAUAAUGAACAGCAGAAAUUGGAUAAGAUUUCUGAAGCAAAAAUAAAAGAUGAAUUAACUAAUACACCUUUGGAGGUUGAAACUAAACAUGUUGGUUACUACGAAAGUUUAGAGCAAUCUCCAAAAAUAAUUAAAGAAGAAAUAAAAAUUGAAGAGCCUUUAUUCCAAACUGCUCAAACUUCAGAAAUGGAAGCAUUAAUGCUGGACAAUUAUGUGAAUGUUUAUUCUCCUGGAUAUUCUGGCGAAACUCAGCCAACAAGAAUUCCUACGGGAUAUCCUCAAAUUGAAGCCCCUUUCAAAGGAAACGUUUCCGAAUCAAAGCGUCAAUUAGAAAUGGAUUUGGUACCUUUGGAAAUAGAGAAGAAGCAUUUGGGUUACUACGACCAUUCGCCUAAAACUGAGGAAACAAAGCUCGGAUCAUUAGAUAAAUUGACACAAAUCUUCAAAAGCGGUAAACCCAUCGAAGAAUUUCCUUCAAUUUCUGAGAGAUAUAUUGGGCCUGUUAACAAUACAAACAUAACUGAAGCUAAGUAUGAACCAAUCCAUUCUUUUGUUAAUGUUUAUUCCUCUGGAUAUUCUGAUAAACAACCAACAAUAACAACAAAAUUAUUAGAUUAUCCAGUAAAUGAAGCACCUUAUCUUGGCCACGUUUCUGAAACUAGACAACAAACAGAACUUAAUUCUUUACCAUUAGAAGUUGGCAACAAGUAUAUAGGUUACUACGAACAUUUGCCUUUAACAACAACAAAAAUUGAGGAGGAAAAGAAGCCUGGUACAUUGGAAAAGCUGAAACAUAUUUUCAUAGACAGCGAAGCCGUUGAACAAUUUCCUUUCGAUCCUGAACCUUUCGGUGGCCCAAUUGCAAACACCAAAAUCUCUUCUGAGGUCAAAAUGGAGCCUAUCAACUCAUUUGUCAAUGUUUACUCUUCCGGUCGUUCUGAUGAAAUCACAGCCUCAACAACAAUUCCAGAAUAUCCGAAAAUUGCAUCAUCUCUAUUCCUUGGAACUGUUUAUGAAGCAAAACGUCAAGAUGAAUUGACUGAUACUCCAUUGGAAGUUGAAAACAAGCAUCAUGGAUAUUACGAACAUCUUCCAUCCUCAACAACUAGCAAAGAAGAAAGGAAGCCUGGAGCAAUAGAAAAACUGACUAAACUCUUCAAAGGAAGUAAAACAGAAGGGGAAUUUCCUGUUGAUUCAGAACCUUUUGAUGGAUAUAUUGCAAAUACUAAUGUAUUGCCUGAAGCUCAAUCCGAACCAAUCCAUUCUCUAGUCAGAGUUUAUUCUUCUGGGCGUUCAGACGAAACUCCAACAACAAAAACAUUAGAAUACCCAAAAACUGAAGUUCUAUUUGUUGAACAUAUUCCAGAGACAAAACAUUCCGAUCUCCAUCAUGUUCCAUAUGAAAUAGAAAAGAAGCACAUUGGUUAUUAUGAGCAACUACCCUCAACAUCAACAAAAACAUCAGAAUAUCCGAAACUUGAACAACCAUUUAUUGGCCAUAUUCAUUCCAUGCGAAGAAAUGAGGUUGAAGAUUUACCAAUGGAAGUUGAAAAUAAACAUAUUGGCUUCCUUAAAGGGAGUAAGACGGAAAGUGAAUUUCCUGCUGAUUCAGAGCCUUAUUCUGGCCCUAUCACACUAACCAACAACAUUACUGAUAUGACAACAGAACCAAUCCAUUCAAUUGUCAGUAUCUACUCCUCGGGACGUUCUGAUGAACAACCAACAACGAGAAUACCGGUGGAAUAUCCAAAAAUCGAGGCUCCAUUUACUGGUUAUGUCCACGAGUCAUUUAUACAGAGCGAUUUCCAUUCAAUACCUCUUGAAGUUGAACGAAGACAUGUUGGCUACUAUGAACAACUACCCACUUCAAAAGUAGCUGAAACUCCAACAACAAAAAUCACAGAUUUUCCAAAAGUUGAAGCACAAUUUAUUGGGCAUGUUCCAGAGACAAUGAAACAUUACGACAUGCACCCUGUGCCAUUUGAAGUUGAAAAUAAAUAUAUUGGAUAUUACGAACAUCUUCCUCUCACAAAACAAGAAGAGAAGAAGCCUGGAGCUUUGGAAAAACUAACAAAGCUGUUCAGAGGAAGUAAAUCUGAAGGAGAAUUUCCUGUUGAUUCGGAGCCUUAUUCGGGCCCAGUCAUAUUGACCAAUACUGCUAUUGACUUGACAACAGAAUCCAUCCGUUCUCAAGUUACCGUUUACUCUUCCGGACGUUCUGAUGAAGUUUCAACAAAAAAACAUUCAGAAUUUCCAAUUAAUGAAGCUUCAUUUGUUGAUUAUGUCACAGAAUCAAAACUUUAUUCUGGAAUUGAACAUAUACCUUUAGAUUUUGAAAAGAAGCAUGUAGGGUAUUACGAACAGCUGCCCUCAACAACAACAAAAGAAACAUUUAUUGGUAAUAUUCAUGAGAAUAAACUCCAGCCGGAACUGGAAGUAUUACCUCUCAUUGUGGAGAAGAAGCAUAUAGGCCACUAUGAACAGUUGCAUACAUCUUCAAAAACAUCAGAGUAUCCACAAAUUGAAGAGCCGUUUAUUGGCCACAUUCAUUCUUUACAACAAAAUGAAGUUAAAAGCGUGCCAUUGGAAGUUGAACAUAAACAUAUCGGAUAUUACGAACAUUUACCUUCUAAAGUUGAGGAAGAGAAAAAGCCUGGCACUUUAGAAAAGCUAGCAAAACUCAUUAAAGGAGGGAAAACACAAGAAGGGUUUCCUGUUGAUUCUGAGCCUUAUUAUGGCUCCGUUUCAGAGUUCAACAAAUUUUCUGAGAUUAUAACUGAACCAAUUCAUUCUUCAGUCAACUUAUACUCUCCCGGGCAUUAUGAGCUUUUGCCAAUUAAAAUAAUCCAAACUUCUCCAGAUAAUCAAGAAAUGAAAAGUGUGCCUCUCGACGAUAAUUUUGUUAAAAUUAAAGAAAUUAAUGGAAUUUCUGAUAAAAAAUCGCUCAAAUCUGAAGAAGGGUUUCUACGUGGAUCUGUUGAAACAAUCGUUCCUGCACCUUUAAAAGAAGAAAUAAAAAUUGAAGAAAAGCCUAUUUUCGAGGAGAAAGUAUUUUUAGUCCUUGGAUUGAACAAAAAUGAAAUUAAAAAUGUUUUGAUCGAAGAUUUUGUUGAAGUUUACAAUAAUGGGUAUUCCUUUGUUAUUAUUAGGGAGGAGGAGAAGGAUAUUCCAAUAAAAAAGGAAAUAAUUGAAGUUAAAACAGCAAAAAAAUUAAUUAAAAAUGUUCAAGAUAAAAAUUCCGAGUUGGAUUAUAUUCCUAUUGAAAAAAGUGUUUCUUUGUAUCAUCAUGGCUGGUAUGGAGGGAGACUUGCCGAAGUUGAGGAUGAAAAAGAUGGGAUAGAUCAAAGGCAGAUAUUGCCUCAGAUGAAUGGAACAUUAAGCGAUAUUGAACAGAAAAGGGAUGUUAUUGGAAGUGUUGACAAAACCCUGAUCAAACCAAAAGAAAACCAAAUUGUAGAACCCGUUGAAUUACACGUCCGUAUAAGUGAAUUAAAGAAGAAGCCUAUCAUUACUGAUGACAAUGAAAAGAAAAAAUUAAAACAAUUAUCGUUUCCAACAACCUUUCCUGUUAAAGAAACUAAAUUUGAAGAAAGGACACUAGGAGAGGAUCAGUUACAAAGUAUUUAUGCAAAAGCGGCAUCUUUUAGAGAUGAAAGACUACCCGUUGCUGCCACACAACGAAUGAGACGUCCAAUGGUAAUGAAAAGUGAAGAUCUGAGUAUAGAUUCGAAACCAAAACCACUUCCCCGUACACAAUAUACAUCACAAUAUUCUGACCAGCUCUAUAAAUACUCAUCACCAGGAUCUAUUCGUAGACCAGUAGGCGCUUCUCCUAGAGGAUGGACAAGUGUAACUGAGGCUACUACAAUUACUUUUGCUAAGCGUCAUUCAUUUGAUAGAACAACAGAAGAGGGGAAAGUGCAACAUGUUGUUGAGGACAUAAUUGUCUAUAGACAUGGAGGAGGUGGUAGUGCUGGUCCUGUUCGCCGAAUGCUUCCUCCAGGGCUUCCUAAGGCUCCGGCAACCAAAAAGAAUAUUUUGCCAAGCUCUUAUUUGGAUGAACGUUAUCAUAAUAUUAGUCAACGUUACAAUUAUUACAGAAGCCGUUCCCAAGACCAAGAACAAAGAGGGCAACGAAAACAUGAUAAAUGGUUGCAGACUGAUCCAGAAGAAUUAAUGGAAUUAAACAAUGUUCCCUUUGAACACACUUCUCGAAGUGUGGGGAGAACAACAACAACAGAAAAAAGAAGCCAUCAUUUACGUACUUAUCGCUCAUAUUCCUCACACCUUUAUGACAGGCAUGCUUAUGCCCGAGACUAUAGCAGUCCAAGAAGAAGUUGUGAUGCAAGUCCAGAAACAUUUGCUUAUCGAACUGAACGCUCUACACAUUCCCUAGGAAGAUUAAACGAUGAUUCUCCAAUGCGGAGUGGAUUUCCACGUGCAACAACUGCGCCAAUUGCAACACAAACACCGCCACUCCAACAACGUCGAACUUUUAUGAACUAUGAAAGUUCAAUUAACAGGCAACAAGUCCCUGAUCAAUCGCCUAGAAUGCAGAAGCAACUCAUAGCGCAACGUUCCAAUAUCGAAGAGACACCUCUUUCAGUUUACUCACAAAAUGGAAUUGAUGAAACUCGAACAACAAUACAACAUUCAAAAACCUUGCCAUUAGAAACGCGUAUACUUCCCCCAGGCAUUCAUACACCUCCCCCACCUCUUCCACACUUUUCAACAAUAAAUGGUGGAAGUCAUGAAAUAGAUGAAAUUAAACAGGAGAAACAGGGAGGAAGUCGAAGAACCUCUCGAGCCUCCUUGCGCCAAGCACGGCAACGUAUUCGAAAUUAUUGUGGAGUGCUAUAA